GGCACAAUGUGUGGAUCAUGUUUGUCUGACAGACCUGCUCUCUGCUCCGCUUCUGCUCUCCCACAGCCUGCUGCUUUCCUGAGGUUCCUUUCUCGGUCUAACUGUCAGAGCAUAAUGGUGGCAUUUAAAGGGGUCUGGACCAAGGACUUCUGGAGGGCUGUGUCUGGAGAAUACCUGGCCACUCUCAUCUUUGUCCUUCUCGGUCUGGGCUCCACCAUCAACUGGGCUGCAGGCGAGGAGACGCCUCGCCCAGCUGACCUCGUCCUUAUCUCCCUGUGCUUUGGGCUGAGCAUCGCCACCAUGGUGCAGUGUUUUGGCCAUAUCAGCGGUGGACACAUUAACCCCGCGGUCACUGCAGCUAUGGUUGUAACUAGAAAGCUGAGCCUGGCUAAGGCCGUGUUCUAUGUGGUGGCUCAGUGCCUGGGAGCUAUAACAGGAGCCAUGAUCCUCUACCUCGUCACACCUGCUGCUGUCAGAGGGUCCUUCGGCGUGACCACGGUGAACCCCAACAUCUCUGUGGGAUACGGGCUUCUCGUGGAGCUCCUUAUCACCUUCGAACUGGUCUUCACCAUCUUCGCCACCUGUGAUCCCAAACGCACGGACCUAGGAGGCUCUGCCAGCCUCUCAAUUGGCUUUGCUGUAGCUAUUGGUCACUUAUUUGCAAUCCCUUACACAGGAGCCAGCAUGAACCCUGCUCGAUCCUUUGCGCCUGCUCUGGUCACACUUAACUUUGAGAACCACUGGGUGUACUGGGUGGGACCCAUGCUGGGGGCCAUCCUCGCUGCUAGCCUGUAUGAGUACCUGUACUGCCCUGACCCUGAGAUGAAGAAGCGGCUGCAGCAGGUCUUCCAGAAGGGCUCGUCAGGGAAAUACCGGGAGGUGGAGACAGAGGACAAUGCCAUCAAGCCGGGAUUCAUCCACUGCAUCGAUCUGGAGAAGGCCGAGAAAAAGGAUCCUUUCAAGGACUCGACGGGAGAAGUGCUGUCUUCAGUAUGA